AUGUCAACGCAACCACAACCUCAGGCGUGGCUAUCUUAUCGCCGAGACUUUUCCAACGUGAUCAUCGAAGUGGGAUCUGCGGUGGAAGCACUUCGCGUUCCACGUCGAAAGAGCGAACCACCACCACGGCUUCUUCUUCGAAGCCGCAGAGUGCUGUGUCGGUGUCGAAGUCCAGAGGCCGAAGCUUUACGCCUUCUGCGUCCACAGGACGGACCCCUGCUAUUUCUGCAUCUAGGACAGAGUCGAAUCCCAGAUGCUGAACAGCCAGGAGUUCCAGACGCCAGGCAAGCAACAACUAAAAAGAAAGACCACCUUGUGGUAACUCUGCUUGACAGUCAUGUUGCAUUUGAUGGCGUUAUUUGGCUUGACGUCUGGCUUGCUCUCGUGGUGGUUCAUCUUACUAAUCACGUGAAAGGUGUUGGUGAUCUCCGUGGAGUUGUUACACGCAGUCCACAGUUUCCAGCCAUGUUCCGGGGGGUAGGGGAGAAUUUGAUGUGCUAG